UUUUGGCUUUGAGGUUAGAAACUCGAGUUGCUGUAAAAAAGUAGAAUUUUUUAACAUUUUUGUGCAGUUUUCAUGAUUUUCAUGAUGAUUUCGUGGAGAUAAGAGUAAAUAAGCAUCAUUAGCAACUCCCGCCUUCAUUCCCGUUGAAAAAGUAGUCCGGAAAAGUGUGAUUCGAAUCACCCUCAAAGAAGGUUUUGUGUCCAAAGUUAGUUUUGUUUUAAUCAAGAAAUUGAAAGUGCGUUUUCGCUCGUUCGGGAAUCCUUGGAAAUUCUUGGGAAUUCCGUGCAGCUGGUUCGAAAAAAUGGCCCUAUAAAUUGCGGGCCAGAAGCGGCAGGAAAGCCGUAACCGUAUUCUGCGUCACGUAAGACCCGACGACGUCACGGCGCGCACUUAUUUUUUUUGGUCUGCAGUUUCUGCUGCGUGUCCAACAUCGGUAUCGGAGUGGUCGGGGCGGUUGGCGGAGCCGCCUUAGGCAAUCCUGUUGCGGGCUCGGAGGAAGGGGUAUGGAGGACGAGCUGGAAGAUAAGAUAUUAUACCAGACACUGUCCAAGUCGCACAUGAAGCUGCUCUCGAAGUUCGCCGUGGGCGUUACGCCGUUCAACAGCUCGCUCAGCUACGCGUGGAAGGUGAUGCGGGUGUAUCUGCUGAAGCCGGAGGUGCUGAUCGCCGGCCUGCUGAUCUGUCUCUUCGUCCUCUACCUACAAGCGGCCGAAGUAUGGAGCCGUGGGUUCAUCGGGCGCAUCAGCAGCUCGCUCGGUCUGGGCGGCAAGGGCCGAUCGGGCAAGCUGGCUCUGCUUGCGUCCGCCGCCGAGAAGCACAGCUGGGACGAACGGACCUCCGGAAGUGCCGUGUACGCCGUUCAAGGUCGCCGUGCAAAGAUGGAGGAUAGGUUCGUUAUUAGUGAGAACAUCAACAAUAGCGGCAUCUCUCUAUUUGCGAUCUUCGAUGGACACGGCGGAGAAUAUGCGGCUGAGUAUGCAAAGAACGUGCUGGUCAGGAACAUCCACGACAAGCUGGCUCAAUCCUCGGCCAUCGCCGAUGGUCGGCCGCCAAUGGAAGGGUCCAGGAGUGGUGAUUGUGACGAGAAAGACAAUCGAAAGCAAAAGAAAGCAGAAUCCGACACGAUGGACAAAGAGGAAGAGAAUGAGCGUCACAAGGUGAACCACCACAAUGCUCCGGUACCGUCGACCACCGCUUCCGAUGGUGUUCAGCGCAGGCAGAGCUUCCGCAAGUCAAAAACGGAAGAUGCGAUCGGAGUAGGCGGUGCCGGUGGAGCCAACAGCAAUCAACAGCUGGAGAACGAUCUGCUCAGCAAGUACAUGGGCAAUGCUUCGCCUGCACGGCAGCAACUGAAGAAGAAUCUGCUUAAUGGCACCGGUGCGACCACUGCUGUACCGGAAGCGAAACCGAAAACCUACGAAGCUCGAUGUUACGUGCAGAAUGGGAGUAUAAAUUUCGGUAAAAUCAUCACCGACGAGGUACUGGCGGCCGAUCAUGAUCUCGUCGAAGCAGCCCGGAAAUUGGCGGACUUUGCCGGAACGACUGCCCUAAUCGCGGUAAUUCAUCGUAGCAAGCUGAUCGUAGCGAAUGUCGGCGAUUCGCGUGGUGUUAUGUGCGAUCAUAAGGGUAACGCGAUACCACUCUCGUUCGACCACAAACCGCAGCAGGUACGCGAACAGAAACGAAUCGCCGACGCCGGUGGUUUUAUCGCGUUCAAGGGCGUGUGGCGUGUAGCCGGCAUUUUGGCGACCUCUCGUGCACUUGGGGACUAUCCGCUGAAGGAGAAGAAGUUGGUUAUCGCCGAUCCGGACGUCCUUUCGUUCGAUCUGGUCGAUCAUAGGCCGCAAUUUUUGAUCCUGGCAUCGGAUGGACUCUGGGAUACGUUUACAAAUGAGGAAGCGGUUGCAUUCGUACGUGAACGGCUCGACGAGCCACACUUUGGCGCGAAGAGCAUUGCGUUGCAAUCGUAUAAUCGUGGUUCCGUCGACAACAUAACGGUGCUGGUGAUCGUGCUGAAAAACGGUCGAUACGAGGUUGGCUCGUCGAGUGAUUGAAGUCCUGCAACACUGCUUAACGUUAGUUUGUUCAAUUAUUUUGCCUCCGUGGGAGAAAGAGAGAGGGCAGCGAUAGGGCAGCUUGAUAACUUUUGCUUUUGAUUUAUUUGUUAACACAGAUCUCGUGCAUAGCCCUGUUACACUGUGUGAUUGACACUAGUGGACAAUAGUGUCCCCCUAUCAGUGCAGCUUAUAUUCUGAGUAAUUUUUAUUUCCAUUUAAGUUUAUCUCAUUCAUCCAAAGAAGAAGGCGAUAGCAAACCUUUGUGUUUUGUGUUGCCACUAGGUCGUCACUUUUGUUGUUGUGAGUUCGUCCCUUGGUCAGUAAAUCUGAAUUACAAGUUAUAAUAGUAUGUAGUAAGUGAAGUUUUUCUGCAUUAUUGUGGCUGCUAUCAACAGACGCAACCGAGAUACUGUGCAAAAACAAUGAUCCCUGGCAUUAAUAUAGCGUUUAAUAGAUUUCUCACUGUGUGCCGCCCUUUCAUCUUUAGUUAGAUGGCUCGAUCGGGAAGUAGUAUAGACAAUCUUUUCAAAGACGUAAGGUUUUUUUUAAUUGGAAGAGCGGAUAAAGUUCUUAUGUGAACAAUUUUUUAAUUCUCUUUUAGCUAAUUUGAUGUCUUUUUACGAGCUCUACACAGAAUCGCUGGGAAUGACAAAAUAAAGAUUCCCUUUUUUCUUUGCAUUGGAAUGAAACAUUUGCUCAACAUAAAAAGUAAAUUGGACAUGCAUCAAUGACAAAUGAAGGAAUCAGAUACUACAACUAGAUAGGGUAAUUUUGGAACGAAGAAUCUAAUUGGACACAUAAAGACACGGAAAACGGACGAGCUUAUGCUUAUUGGCGGUAUUGGCUGAGCAGCACAGGAAGUUAAAAGAUUUCAACUUGAGGGACCUUUUGGGAAUGUUGUAUCGUAUUGGUGGGUGUUUGAGUGGAUUUGUGGCUACAGUUGGAGAUGGUGCCAAAGCUUAGUACACGUGCUCGACGCACGGGGUGUUGUAUCUCUCAUUGGGAACAAGUGGUUGAAUGAUUUUUGAGCGAAAAUUUGAACAUUUUGGUACAUAAGAAAUGUCGUAAAUCGACACAACAAGACAGCUUGACGAAAGGAUGUGGUUAACGUGGGAACCCAUUCCGUCAAAUUAGUAGCAUUAAGAAAAAAAAGAUCAGUGUGUUUAAAAGAAUGAGGCGAUAAAAGCUAUCAUUGCGCCACGCAACUGUACGAUCAAAUCAUAAGCAACUGAUAAGAUUUAUCGCUGUAUUAGCUGAUCUGUUGGUUGUUUUAUUGGGCAACCAUUUCCACUGAUAAUCGAUACCAGGCAACUAUAAGGGACACUUACGAACGAGCUCCCCACACGCACCGAUUCCCGCGCACACAUAAUAACACAAUUUUUGGAUUGAACCAAUUUGCAAGUAACCAGUUCCCUUUACCUGCAUUGCCUUCUUGCUCCCGUUUUUGUAAUUGUACAUAUCCUUCUCGAUGGGUAGCACAAAGCCCGAACACGAAUCUUUAAUAAAAACUCUUAUAAAUCCUCUA